AUGUUUGGAGGAGGAAAACGAACCAGUGGUCAACAAAAGCAACAGUUCGACUUUGCUGAUUUGGACGAUUUACUCAACGGGCCAUUGCCAGAACAAAGCCAUGACGACGGGGACGACACGGAUUUAAAUGACCCUGAACUUUUGCGACAACUGCAAGAGUUGACGUCGUCGUCGCCGAGCGGAAGUAACAGUGCUCAAAAAGCAAAAGCAGCUGCGCAGAAAGCUAAGGUCGUUGCCGAGCAAAAACAACGUCGGCGUCAAAUCGAGGAGCAGAAAAAGCAAAGUGGCGAUAUAGAAAAUUUGGACCUCGAUAGCUAUGCAGCGCUUGCUCAGGGCAACGACGAUGACCCGGAUGUCGAGUUGAACGAGGAUGACCUUAAUGAUCCAACGUUACUUAAAGAGCUAUCGGUAUUAAGUAAAGACAGUGGCGGGCAAGGGCCGUCUGUGGAUGACGACCAUGUUAUGGAGCAGCAAAAACAAGCUCCCAGCGAAUCGGCAUCGCAGCUAAUGAGUAUGGGAUUUUCACAGCAGCAAGCAGAGGAAGCGCUUGACAAGUACGACGGGAAUAUUGAACGCGCUACAAAUCAUCUAUUGGACGCGCCAGCACCAGAACCAGCGCAGGAUGCAGAGCCUGUCAAGAAAGCGGCACCUGUGCGAGAUAUGGAACCAAUGCAAGCCAUGGAAUCAGCAAAAGUGAAAUCUAGCAGCAAUACUGCGACGACGCUUGAAACCGUACAGGAUGAAGAUGAUGACAUGGAUUUGCAGCCGCAACCUGUAGAAGAACAGGAGCCGGAUAUUGAGGAGCUACAAAGACAAUCAAAGCAAUAUCAGCAACAAGCAUUGGCUGCUAAACGUCAAGGUGACAAAAAGAAAGCUGUCGAACUCUUACGGAAGUCCAAAGCACUGGCACAGAAAUAUAGCGAAUUAUCAGAGAUUCAACAAGCAAUGGAGCCACACAAAGCUGAAGAUCCGAUGGAAGACGUACAACGCACACCGCCACUAGCCUCAGAAGAAGGUACCAAACAAGACGACAUUAAAAUAAAUGAUGAUGAACUUACAACAAGCCAACCGGUCGCCACAGAUACCAAAGCCAUUUCUUCAACGUCGCCCUUCUCUUCGCCAUCGUCAUCCCCGUCACCUUCCCCUUCAUCACAACAACCAGCAGCAGCAGUACAGAUCAAGUCAGCGGUCGAUGCACGACAGCUGCUACAAGAAAUCGUACAGCUACAAAAGGAGCACAAGGAAGCUGCACACCAUUACAAGGAUUUGGGUAAUCUGGCAGCUGCUAAAGAAAUGGUUAAAGUAUCCAAGGAACUACUACGUGUGGGAAUUCAGGUUAAGAACGGAGAAGCGACCGACAUGGAUAACAUUCGACGUAAACUACCAUCCAAGCCGAACAUGACGUUGGGUGACGGAAAGAUCCGACAAAUCCAACAAGUCGAAACAGCGGGGCCAGCAGCAACAGUGGAGCACUUGGAAUCGCAAUUAACAUACCAAAUCGACGUGUGUCACAACCUUGCUGUUCAAACAUCAGCGUCAGCAUCGUCGAAUGCCAAUACUGCCAAACGCCAGGCUCGUAAGACCUUAUCAGGAAGCAAUCAAGCGCAUUUCCAACAACUCGAGCAGGCAUUUACUGCCGAUCUGGUUUCGUUGCGCUCACGACGCGAUCAGAAUCAAAAGACAACUCCGCAUCUGCACUAUGAACAGGUCGAAUAUUCGUACAAGAAUAUAUUGGAUCAUAUACCUUCGAAUCAGAUGGAGCUGCGGAUAGUACGUGGCAUCGGGCUGCAGUCGUUGGAUAUCGCGGCUGAAGUGGAACCCUAUGUUACUUGGGAUCUUGGCGGCUGGCCACCAGAGAAUGCCGCUCAGGCUGCGCUAAAUAAAGGCGAAACUACUGUGAAAAAAAGCAGCAGUCCAGGUCACUUGAACAUUGACAACAACAAAACGAUCUGUGGUUUUUUGCUAAUGUUGAGUGUAAUAUUAGAGUUUGACGUUACUGUACAAAUCCCUAUCGUACGAAACCGUGCCUUUUUCCGCUAUGUCCAGAGAAGACGACUAACACUUGAAGUGUUUCAUAACCGAUACUCGUAUGGAUUGUUCCGACGACCUCUUUCUUUGGGUAAAAUAUUGAUUCCAAUGGAUCAACUUUUGAAUAAGGCAUCCAUCUCGGGUAUCUUUGACCUGAUCGAUGGAAGCCGGCGGAAAACAGGCGGGAAAUUGGAAGUACAAGUCAAUUUGCGAGAACCUCUCACCGGCGAGGAUAUUGUCAGACGCUCGGAACGAUGGCUGGUCAUUGACGAGUUUGGCAAGAACACUGGUGAAAUUUUAGCAGCUGCUGGGUUGGGCUCAGGAACCCAUAUGACGAUAUCAUCGCCAAGCAAAACGAACCCCGAAUCAGCACCUAGCACUGCUUCUGGUGCUGCUUCUGGCACCGCCACCCCAAGUACCCCUACAACCACCACCAACGCUGGUACUAGCAGCCCUCUAUCGUCCAUUGGCAAGAAUCCCUCGCCAUCUAACCCUGUGUCACCACCUGCAGCUGAAUCCAAGGAGAAUAAAGAAUUAGAGGAAGCCGAAGAAGAAUUGAACAGCUCGGACAGUAUCAUAUCCAACAUGGUGCUGGAUUAUGAGAUCAACAUUGCGAACAACGCCUUGUCGUCGGGCAAACAGGUAGACGCAGCUACCAAGGAGGAACUGAUGGAUAGGAAGCAGGCCCUGGAAAUCAAGAUGAAUAUGCUGGUGAUCCAGGUACAGACGGGCGUGUUGGAUAUGGGCAUGUACCUGUCGAAUGUACGUAAGCGAAUGGAGCGAGAUCGACAGCUUGCACUGGUAUUCAAGAAGCAUCACCGGCUGGACUUGGCCAAGGUAGCGCUGGCACGUAAAAAGAUCAUGCAAGACGAGAUAGAUGAAGCCACAGCAGCGAUGGCUGAACAGCAGGCUAGUGAGGAAGCAGGCUAA